UAAAGCUUGUAGGUUUCAAACCAUGUGUUGACAUUUUUGCUAAUACACGCCGAGGAAGUUGUUACAACAAACCCCAACAGUCAUAAAACAUGCAAUCGACCGUGCAAAUAUGAAUUUAUGGAAUAUAAUAAUACAAAGGGACGAUGACCGAACGCAUGCAGACCAUUCCGGUGAAAGAAUUCCUGGAGAACAUGGGAUUAAUGCAGUACUUCGACAUGUUUAUCAUCAAAGGAUUCGACCAUGAAAAAGACAUAGUCACUCUUGAUGAAGACGACUUGGAUGCCAUGUUGAUCUCGGAUCCUGAUCACAGGCACCAAAUAUUGCAGGCCGCGGCCCAGUAUCGGAGUACAGAGAAGUACAGAUUGCUAGACUGGUUACAAGGAAAGGGACUAGAAUAUUAUUACGUUAGUUUUAUACAGAGCGAAGUUACGUCACUAAAUGACGUGAGAAAUUUGACGGUGGAUGAAAACCUAUUUGAUGAACUUGAAAUCACUUUGCCAGGACAUAAAAAGAGGCUGAGAAAAGCAGUGGCCCAGUUACAGAGGGAGGAGAGAGGGGAACCCCCUACAGAGGAUGUACUGGCGUGUGGCCGCUGGAAGAAGCCAGACACCUUACAGGACGCCAAGUUUGACUUUCUUGUAACAGACGCUUGUAUUUACUCGACCAAAGAUCCGUCCAAAUACCACCGUAUAGAGUUCAUGAUUGACACAGGAAGUGACGUGACCACAAUCCGACAAGAAGUUCUGGAUGAACUGGGGUUAGAAAUCUUGGGGCGCAUCCACAGUAAAGGUGUCCAUGGAUCCAAAACUACAAAUCUGUACAAAGCAAAACUACUCAUAGGAAACCAGGAAAUGGAGAUCGAAGUGAUGGGAGAAAGUUAUGAUUCCCUGGGAAGUCGUGUCGUCCGCCACUUCCGCCAUUACAUUGACGGCAAGCAUCACGUGUGGUUGCGCGGUAACUUCUGUGACGAAGACAGCAGACUGUGUCAGACGGCCAAGCACCAGGCACUUCAUGAAGUCCCCUCAGAUAAAUCCGUGAUCACAGACUCCAUCAAGAGUGCAAUAGCUUCCAAACCUUGUAGUUCGAAAUUCCAAAACAAUAACGUUGACGUAAAUGGUCCCCCGUGUAGUUCUACCUCUAACAAACGGAAAAGACAGUGCUCGGGCUCAGAAGAGGACGGGGUACCGUCCAAAAUGUCCAAUACUUACCUUCACGUGUCUCCUGAUGAGCUGGACACCUGAAUCAUUUUGUAGCUAGAAUUAUCCCACACUUGUGUCGACCACUCCAAUCAUUGACAUAUUAUUUGUGUUUCCGUCCAACUGUUUUAUACAACAGGAGAAAACCACCCACGGAGGGAAUGAUCAGCCAUGUAUCAUUCAAAAUCUGUGUCUUAUAUAUAUAACAUUUGUGUUCAACUCCCGCAAAACCGUUUAUUAUUGUGAUAUUUAAUCUUAUAUAUAUCUACCAUAGAAUGAAAUAUAAUACAUGUGUUCUUCCA